CUCUCUCUCUCUCUCUCUCUCUCUCUCUGCGUACAUCCUCCCGAUCCGUUCUUGUUACGGCUUCGAUUCAAAAUCUGUGUAAUUCUGCGUUGUUCGAUUUAGGAAAAAGCUCACCUUUUUUGUGGGCAAUCCGUUCGAGAACCUACCUGGGUAAGCAAUUGCAUUCGUUUGUUCUUGCAGAAACUAGCGAUUGGGGAUAUUUGGGGAGCUGGGGUGUGUGAUUUUGGGGGGAGAUGGUGUUGGUGUUAGCAUUGGGGGAUCUUCACAUUCCCCACAGGGCACCUGAUCUGCCGGCCAAGUUCAAGUCCAUGCUCGUUCCUGGAAAGAUCCAACACAUCAUCUGCACCGGAAAUUUGUGCAUUAAGGAAGUUCACGAUUACUUGAAAACUCUCUGCCCUGACUUGCAUAUUACCCGGGGUGAAUACGAUGAAGAUGCUCGCUACCCUGAGACUAAAACAAUAACCAUUGGUCAAUUUAAGCUCGGAUUGUGUCAUGGUCAUCAGGUUAUUCCAUGGGGCGAUCUAGACUCACUAGCGAUGCUUCAGAGGCAGCUGGAUGUAGACAUCCUUGUGACUGGCCACACCCACCAGUUCACAGCCUACAAGCACGAGGGAGGGGUCGUUAUAAACCCGGGGUCGGCCACUGGGGCCCACAGCAGCAUCACCUAUGAUGUGAACCCAAGCUUUGUGCUCAUGGACAUCGAUGGGCUCCGCGUGGUGGUCUAUGUCUACGAGCUGAUCGACGGAGAGGUGAAGGUCGAUAAGAUUGACUUCAAGAAAACCACUGCCACAACCGCUCAUUGAUGAUCUUUUACCUUUUGUUUUAGAAAAUGUUUGAUAGGAACUCCUAAAGACCUGACUCAAGGUAUCCUGAUGGUGGACUACUCGUGUUAUUGUGCAGUAGUGGGGCUUCAGUUUCGAGCUUGAUUUACUGACCAUUCUGGUGGGUUUUUUUUUAUGUCGGGCAUCUUUCGGAGUUGAUGUUUGCCGUUAUAUAGAGUGCCUUGGUUGCCAUUGAAAUCUUCUUGUGGUUUGAUAUGGAAAGUUGAUUAGUUUCUAA